UACGCUGGAAGUAAAUUUUUUCACUCUGUUCACAUUUUUUAUGUCAAAAUCGUUGCAAAAUGUGUCGUUCUCGCAAUUUCAAACUAUAGAAAAGGACACUAACUUGCGCCGCUAAUAAUUUUACAUGCGCGCACACACCCCAUCCUCAGUUUUGACAUAAAAACAAAGACAUUUGGUCGCUGAAAAAAGGCUGCGUACCAUUGGCGUGAAGACGGCGCGUAGUAACAAGUCUUGGAUUGGUAAAAAAAAAAACGAAGUCGUCUAUAGAAAGAAAUGGAGAGCCCUUGUGAAUCGGAAAGCUCGCUGGACGGCGGCACAAUGCUGCCACCGAGCCCGGUUUCUCGGGAACAGCUGCAAAAGCGCAUCGAGUCGCUUACCCAACAGAACAAGGUUUUGAAGGCGGAGUUGGACACAUUCAAAACAAAAUGUAAAGUGGUGCAGGAGGAAAAUCGCUGUCUUAAGCAAGCAUCGGUCAUCAUUCAAGCCAAGGCAGAGCAGGAGGAGGAGUAUAUUUCAAACACAUUGCUCAAGAAAAUACAAGCACUGAAAAAAGAAAAGGAAACACUUGCGCAUCACUAUGAACGUGAGGAGGAGUGUCUUACCAAUGACUUGUCACGUAAAUUGGAUCAGUUGCGUCAGGAGAAAUGUAAACUGGAGCAAACGCUCGAACAGGAGCAGGAAUGCUUAGUGAACAAACUGAUGCGCAAGAUUGAGAAACUGCAAGCGGAGACCGACAGCAAGCAAACAAAUUUGGAGCAGCUGCGUCGUGAAAUGGUCGAACUGGAGAACACGCUUGAAACGGAGCAGGAGGCCUUGGUUCUCAAGCUUUGGCGUCGCAUGGAUAAGCUUGAGAACGAGAAGCGCUCGCUGCAAAUUAAACUGGAUCAGCCUGUAUCGGAUCCAACAACGCCACGUGAUAUCACUAAUAACGCCAACGGCGACACUGCCACCAAUCUGAGCGCGCACAUCCAGACGCUGCGUUCAGAGGUGUUACGUCUACGCGCUAAUCUCGCUGCCGCCCAGAAGGAGACCACAAUCAAAAUGCAGCAGUUUGCCCAAGAGGAGAAGUCUAUACGCGAAGAAAAUGCGCGCCUUCAGCGCAAAUUAAAGCAAGAGGUAGAACGCCGCGAGGCUCUAUGCCGCCAUUUGUCCGAGUCUGAAUCAUCGCUGGAAAUGGAUGAGGAACGUUUUUACAAUGAGAAUCUUAUGGGCGGUGGAGGUGGUAGUGCCAGUGCGGCUGCUUGUGCGCAACGUCAGCGCACUAUCAGCAGUCCCGUGUCACAUAGCCCCUCAAGCAGUCGGCCGCUAAGUCCAGGCACAGCAGGCCAAAAUCGGUGCUACGCCUGCGGACAGCUUGUGAAUCGGCGUGCCAGCGAACGCUUCAUAAAGCCAGCACUACCCACACCAAUGCUAGGUUUGAACACUUCCGCACCCAACGUGCUCACCACUGCUGUCAAUCCGCUACUGGCUACGGGAUCUGCUGCCAUAUAUGGAGCCAAUGCAGCUAAUGCUGGUUCUAUUCCCGGUAGUGGGGGUGUCAGUUUUCUAUCGAAUCUGAGCAGCGAACGACUGAAUUUGGGAGCGGCUACUGGUAUGUCACAAGCGGCGGGAAAUGCCACAUUUCUUGCUGGAGGCGGCAGCAGCACUGGCGGAUUGCUGCAGUCAUUGAACAAUCAACCCGGCACGUCCAGCGCUUCGUCAUCGUCAUCCAAUCUAAUGAACAUUAGCUUGAACAAUUCGUCCAGCGGCAACAUUGUUAACAGCAGCAGCAACUCAUCACUCUCGGCAUUUACGCCCACAAAUCAACCCAGCGCCGCAGCCACUGCAUUCAUACAGCCGGCUAGUCCAAUGGAUACGUCUACAUGUAAGGAGUAGAACGGAGCAUUUCUGCUAUACAAGUAAACAUGACAUGACUUUUCUCACACGUACACGUAUACACGCAUGCAAUACACACAAAAACACACAACCAGUUUAAACGAAAGUAAUAGAAAGUCUAAAGUAAGUUCUCUUUUUGGUGCGGCUCAAAGUCGCCUAAUUUAUGGAUAUGAUGUAUGUAUAUGUAUAAGGUUUACUUGAUCAAAAUCUCCUGCGAAAAAAUUAAAAAAAUUUUCAAUUGAUAGCGGAAUUCCUAACACGCGUACGGUAUUUCAAGGGCCCGAAGAAAAAAACUUACUAUAUUUAGCGCUUACGUGUAAGAAGCGUGUUUUUUACUUUACUUUCUCUGUUGCAGUUAAAAGUAACUAUGAAUGUAAAAGGAAACAACAAAUACUUUAACAUUAACAAUAUGAAUUUAAAAAUUGUGAAUUCUAUUCAUGUGAAACCAUUUCCCCACUUUAUCCUCGCAUGUAUGUGGGUCUAAUUAUUUUGGAGUAUGUAAAUUUAUAAGUAUGAGUAUGAUGAUGUAUGUAUUUUUUGGUUAGCCUAACUCAUAAAACUGAAAAAAAAAACUUUACAAACUAUGAA